CGCUCGCCGCACGCACGCGCACUGCGCCCAGCAUGAGGGUCGCGGCUCUGAUCAGUGGUGGGAAGGACAGCUGCUAUAAUAUGAUGCAGUGCAUUGCUGCUGGGCAUCAGAUCGUUGCUUUAGCAAAUCUAAGACCAGCUGAAAACCAAGUGGGGUCUGAUGAACUGGAUAGCUACAUGUAUCAGACAGUGGGGCACCAUGCCAUUGACUUGUAUGCAGAAGCAAUGGCUCUUCCCCUCUAUCGCCGAACCAUAAGAGGAAGGAGCUUGGAUACAAGACAAGUGUACACCAAAUGUGAAGGUGAUGAGGUUGAAGAUCUCUAUGAGCUUUUGAAACUUGUUAAGGGCAUCACUAGAAUGACCUUGCUUGCUGAAUAUGAUGCUCUGAAUCUCCAAGAUUUUCACAUGCAUUUGGAAGUGGGCAGCCAGGCGAUUGUUUACAGGACUCCAAAUGAACUGUGCACUCACAGCAAGUUUGAUAAACACACAUUUCCUCCUUUUAUCAGUGAGAUUGCAAAAUGUGAAGUAUGAGUUUCCAGUUUUACUCAUUCCCCUCAACCCUUUUCCUGUUUAAAAACUUAGACAUACUAAUUGGAUGCUGAUCUGUCCCUGUUUUUCAUUCUGCUUGCUGGUAGUUGACGGCUUAGUUCAGUACUUACCUAGGCAAGAUUUGGCAAACCUUCAAAAAUAAACUUUCCAUGUAUUCAACUUAAAGGAGAUUCAUCCCAAGGAAUGUAAUGUGAACACUAAUUAACAUUAAUGACUGCUAAUCACUUUGCUUUUUAUACUCCUUUAGGAGCACUGCUAUUAUCCAAUGUAGUUAAGUAAAAUGCUUGUAUAUGAAUCAACAAUGUUGCAUCCUUUUAGCAGCUAUUGCUCACAAUCAAGCUUUGCAUAAAUUAAAGUUGACUAAAAUUGAUUUUAAUAUGCUGCUCUUCUUCAAUAGUAAACUAAAAUAUCUAGUUAAAUAUCCUGCAUAUUAAAAAUACAUUACCUGAUUUUUUUUGUAGUCAUCCUGUAGUAGAUGAAAAGCAAUAUUGCAAAUACAUUUUCUCACAGUUCAUGACACUUUCUCUUAGAUUUCUUCAAAAUUGAACACAACUCUUCAUAGUCCUGUCAGCACUUUGAUUCUGUUGUAAGCAUUAAUUUUGUUAGAUCAAUGAAAAGUAAUCAGCCUAUGUUUAAUUUUUCUGAAUUUGUUCAUUUAUUUCCUAGAGGAUCUUACAGAUUCUUUAAAUGAUAUAGUCUAUUUAUAUAAAGUUGGUUCAUAGGAUUGUACAUUCAACAUUCAUUAAAAAGGGUUGUUUAUUAUGUUUAGUGAAUUACAGGACCAUUAUAAAAGCUUUCUGUUUAUUUACAUGCAUUCAAUGUACCUGUGACUAGAACUGCCUUGCCUUAGGAGGAAACUAAGCAAAACCCAUAAAUUAAUAAUUUAAGGGAGCAAUACUCAAAGUAGCAUUUCAGUUAAAAAGUAAAGCCUCAGAGUCAGUACUAGCCACUUUAACAAUGCUUUACUUUUUGACUUUUAUUGGCUGAAAAUAACUUGUUAAACUGGAGCUUUUGUAAUAAAAUGAAAUCUACAUACCAUCUAAAGCCCCUUCCCCUCCUUUUGAUUUAUGAGUAGGUUGACAUAUUACUGGAGAAUUUGUAACACUUUCACAGUUCUGCACUUUGAUUUCAGAGAAGGUGCUAAUCUCUCUGGAAUUUUGAGAGUGACAAAAUGAGUUGUAUACUGUUUUUCCAGGGAAUUUGGGUUCCUUUAUUAGAGGCCAUAGUUUUAUUAUGGUACCUGUAUUAAUGUGGAUUUAUCCAAUAUGUGAUAUGGUGGUGUGAUUAGAUAUACAUUAAUGGAGGAUUUUUUUUUCAUUGUACAUAUUCUACUUGGUUUGAUCAUGAUAUUAUAAUUCUCACAGCUAAUGUCCAUGUUUCUACAGAGGUUCAGCAAUUCAGGAUAUUAUUUUCAAAUUACCAAAAUGAGAUAAUUUAACUCCCUUUUACUUUUGCAUUAUUUUUAGUGGAAAAAAAUUAAAUGGUAGUAUUAUAAGAAGCUUUAUGCUGUGUAUACUAGUCUUAUUGUAUAUAUGUACUGAAAGUACCUUUGACACUCUACUUAAUUGGAUUUAAUUUCAAAGAAUUGUAACAGGAAUGAUGUGAGAGAAUAGAAAAUAUAUGGAACUUAAUUAAGUGCUGUCCAUAUGUAAAGGUAAGAUUCAUGACUAUUGUUUGAUGUAACUUAUUUAUUUUACAUCCUGAUACUGUUGUAUAAUAGCACAAAAUGCAUGUCUAUGAGGAAAAACUUGCUUUUUCUAUUUUGCUUUGAGUUUUUAUGUGUAAUAAAAUUAUGCUUAAAAUAGGCGAGGAUUUCAGUUUUGAUUCUUCUUCUUCUUUUUUUUUUUUUUUUGUAGCAUGUUUACUUUCACGUGAGAGUGAUUGAUCUGUAGCUGUCAUUUUAUCCAAGAAGGGACAAAUGGAAUUGGCCUUUUAGACAAAAGUAUGCAAACAGACUGCAUUCUUUCUGUUGAUAGAAUUAUGGAAGGAUUGCAUGAGGUGCCACAUUCAGUUUCCUAUUGAUUGUAAAGAGGAUUCUGCAGUGGGGUGCUGUUUCCAAUGGAUAAGGAGGUGCUAUGAUUAGUUACCUUUCUCAUGAAAGCACUACAAAGGGAAAUGCAAAAUGUGUGCAGUGCAGUCUUCUGUAUUUGACAGUUGUUUUUGUUAAGUUUUUUCCCCCAUUGAAGUCUGGCCUAUUUUAGAAAAACAUACAUUUUAGUUUUUUCCCCUUUAUAUCAGGCUUAGUAGAUUUCCAUGCAUUUGACCCUUUAGAGAAAUUACACGUUAUAGACAGUUUUCUUUUUCUCAGCCUCUAUUGUAAAGCUUCAAAGCUGAUGCAACAGUGCCCUCUAUAGUCUUUUAGUGAACAUUAGACAGAUGUAGAUGGUUUCAAAUGUUCAGGUAAGAAACAGGACAUUUAAAUUUAAUUUUUGUUCAAACAAGAGACCCCUUUUUCCUAAGUAGACAUUCUUGUUUUUCACUAGUGGCUUUACUUUAAACAAAGAGAACAAAAGAUCAUUCUGAGUUUUCAUUUAGAAUUAUUGGCUGCUGCUUCUUUUUAUCCCUUGGUAAAUCUCAAGUUUUAUCAGACAUUCAUCAGAGUAAUUUGAGAAAGAUGGAAUCUUACAGGCUGUACUGUCUGUUCAUGAAAUAUCUUUUUGAAGUUGAACUCUGAUAGGAGUAUUUUUAAAAAAUAAUUUAGUUCCUUUGUACUUGUUUUUUCUAUUUAAUUAGAAUCUGAGUGGGCUGCCUAAAAUUUGACUUCUAUUUAUUCCUGAAUUGUGAAACCCAGUCGUUAUAUAUGACAUUAUUUAAAUUCAAACCAAGGGAGUUACACAGUGACUAAAGUGUUUGUCAUUCAUUAGCAUUGAUUUAAAUUUUAGAUUUCCUUUUCUCUCUUUUUGGUUACCUUUUUGAUUGUAUAUAUUGAUAGCUAAGUUUUUCAUUGUAAAAUGCAACUAGAUGUGAAGUUAUGGAUAAUAAAAGCAGGAAUCAUAUUUAGAUAUGAUUAGAAGAGAAAAAUGUUAUGGAUUAAGUUUAUUUUGCUUCUGAAAGUGUUUUAAUAAAAAGAUCACGGGCCCAA